AUGGAACCCUCAAAACGGGCACGAGUCUCAUCAGGCUCCAGCAAGGGGGAUGAUCAUAUAAAGUCAUUGAUCUCUCUUCAUAGAUCUAUCUCACCCCCGACUUCCGGGUGCUCAAAGAGAUCGCGCUUGUCACGACCAUCUCAUCCAGUCAACACUAGGGGUGAAAAGAAUGAACCGGUCACAAGACCCUGUGCAUCAUCAUCUCAUCUAAUUCCUUCUCCAAUCCAGCUCACCCACAUCAAGGAUUUGUCAGAUCGGCAGGGCUUCAAUGUCGACACAGUGCAGCUGCGCGACAUCCUCGGAGAUCCUAUGAUCAGUGAAUGCUGGCAAUUCAACUUCCUCUUCGAUGUAGACUUUCUCAUGUCACAGUUCGACAGUGAUGUGCAGCACCUCGUGAAAGUGAAAGUUGUUCAUGGGUCUUGGCAGAGGGAAUCUCAGAAUAGAAUUAUUGUCGAGGAAGCAUGCUCUCGGUGGUCGAAUGUUGAGCCCAUUAUCGCUUAUAUGCCCGAACCCUUUGGCACUCAUCAUACAAAAAUGAUGAUCCUUUUUCGUCAUGAUGAUUUAGCUCAGGUUAUCAUUCAUACUGCCAAUAUGAUACAGGGAGACUGGCAGAAUAUGACCCAAGCAGUAUGGAAGUCUCCUCUCCUUCCUCUGGAAAAACCCAACACAUCCACUUCUGCAGGACAACCAGCUUUUGGCACUGGCAGAAGGUUCAAGAGAGAUAUCAUGAGCUAUCUGAAAGCAUAUGGAUCUAAGAAGACUGGGACCCUGGUCAAGCAGUUGAGUGAAUACGAUUUCAGUGUAGUGCGUGCGGCCUUUCUUGCAAGCAUUCCUUCGAAGCAACAACUCAACGGCUUAGACUCAAACACUACAACUCUAUGGGGAUGGCCAGCGUUAAACGAUAUUAUGGGAAAUCUCCCACUUCGCCAGCCAAUGAACCACUCGAACAAGGCACAAAUUGUGAUACAGGUUUCCUCCGUAGCUUCCCUUGGAGUGACAGAUAAGUGGCUCAAGGACGUUUUUUUCAAAGCACUUUCACCAGGAUCCAUCAAUCUUGAGCCCAACUAUUCAAUAAUAUUCCCCACACCGGAGGAAAUCCGCCACUCUCUCGACGGGUAUGGAUCCGGCGGAUCGAUCCACAUGAAGAUUCAGAGUGAUCGUCAGAAGAGGCAAUUGAACUACAUGCGUUCUCAUCUAUGCCAUUGGGAUAGCCAGCAAGGGUCUUCCCAGUCCAAAUCCAUCGACUUGUCUGAGAAGAGCACAACGCGAGAAGCAGGUCGCAGCCGCGCGGCCCCCCAUAUCAAGACAUAUAUCCGGUUUUCGGACCCGAAGAUGGAUACAAUUGAUUGGGCAAUUGUGACUUCUGCAAACUUGUCAACCCAAGCCUGGGGCGCGGGAGCAAAUACAGCUGGUGAAGUCCGAAUCUCAAGUUUUGAGGUUGGCGUUGUCGUUUGGCCGGACUUGUUUACAGAGAAUACCAAAGGAAAUGCGAUUGAUCCCCCUUCCAUACUGAUGGUCCCAUGCUUCAAACGGGAUACCCCUAUUCGCUCCUUGAACGACAGUGACACAACACCAGUUACUACAGUGGUCGGUUUGCGAAUGCCGUAUGACCUGCCACUCACCCCCUACGGCGACACCGAUGAGCCAUGGUGCGCCUCGGCCCCGCAUGAAUUGCCAGACUGGCAAGGGCGGAGCUGGGUUAUAUGA